UUACUUUGAGGAGCUCCGGUUUGCACAUCCGUACCGCUUGUUGGAGUUUCUCUUUCGGUACUGCUUGCGUCGCUGGUCCUGAGUAGUGUCUGUGCCUCUGCAGUGUGUUUUUCAAAAAAGGUGAAUCCCAGUUGCAUGCACUGGAGACACAUAAGCAUCGAACAAUGCUUAAGUUGUUAUUUGUCGCUUUUCUCGCCAUUGCUGCUCAGGCUAGUGAUGUGCUCGAUUUCACAGAUGACGACUUUGACAGUAGAAUUGGAAAUCACGACAUGAUCCUCGUGGAAUUCUUUGCACCAUGGUGUGGACACUGUAAACGUCUUGCUCCUGAGUUUGAGGCUGCUGCUACCCGUUUGAAAGGAAUUGUCUCCCUGGGAAAGGUCGAUUGCACAGUCAGCUCCACCGUGUGUGGUAAGUAUGGAGUGAGUGGCUACCCAACCCUCAAGAUCUUCAGAGAUGGAGAAGAAUCAGGGGCCUAUGAUGGACCGCGGACUGCAGAUGGGAUUGUUAGUCACUUGAAGAAGCAGGCAGGCCCAGCGUCAGUGGAGAUCAAGACAGAAGCAGACUUUGACAAGUAUACAAAAGAUCGUGAUGCAAGUGUCGUGGGUUUCUUUGCUGAUGGUGGCAGUUCAGCCCAGGCAGAGUACCUCAAGUCUGCCAGUGCCCUCAGAGAGUCCUACCGCUUUGCCCACACCAACAACGAGGACCUGCUGAAGAAAUACAACAUUGAGGGAGAGGGUGUCGUUCUCUUCCGGCCACCACUCCUGGCCAAUAAGUUUGAAGACAGCAGUGUCCAGUUCAGUGAGGAGAAAUUCACCAAUGCCAAGAUCAAGAAGUUCAUUCAGGACAGCAUCUUUGGAAUGUGCCCCCACAUGACUGAUGACAACAAGGACCUGCUCAAGGGGAAGGACCUGCUGGUGGCCUACUUCGACGUUGACUAUGAGAAGAACCCCAAGGGCUCUAACUACUGGAGGAACAGAGUGAUGAAGGUAGCCAAGGGAUUCCUUGAUCAGGGAAAGACGUUGAACUUUGCUGUGGCAAACAAGAACAGUUUCAGCCAGGACCUUUCAGAGAUGGGUAUGGAUGGCAGCGCUGGGGAACUGCCUGUUGUGGGCAUCCGCACAGCCAAAGGCGACAAAUAUAUAAUGCAGGAGGAGUUCUCCCGUGAUGGGAAGGCCUUGGAGCGUUUCCUGCAGGACUACUUUGAUGGGAAUCUUAAGCGCUACCUGAAGUCUGAGCCCAUUCCCGAAAACAAUGAUGGACCAGUCAAGGUUCUUGUGGCUGAGAACUUUGACUCCAUUGUGAAUGAUGAUAGCAAGGAUGUCCUGAUCGAGUUCUACGCACCGUGGUGUGGUCACUGCAAGAGCCUUGAGCCCAAAUACAUCGAACUGGGAGAAAAGCUUGCCAAUGACCCCAACAUCGUCAUUGCAAAGAUGGAUGCGACAGCAAAUGACGUACCCUCGCAAUAUGAAGUUCGGGGAUUCCCCACAAUCUUUUUCUCUCCAGCUGGACAGAAAAACAGUCCAAGGAAAUAUGAGGGAGGUCGUGAGGUCGCUGAUUUCCUUUCCUACCUGAAGAGGGAGGCCACCAAUCCUGUGGUGGCUGAGGAAGACGAGAAGAAGCCCAAGAAGAAGAAGAAGUCAGAGCUCUAAACACAUCAUCAGCCAACCUGCACUCAAGGGAGUUAUGAAAGGAGAACUAAAUUAUAUUCCACGCUUCUAGAGAUCUACAGAAUGCUCUGACCCAAGUCAUGACGGCAGCCCUCUCUUUGGCCUGCUGGGAACACUGUGGACUGUGGUGGUGGCCGGGCUGCGCCUCAUUUAAAAAUGUCUUCAAAAGGUGGACUGCUUUUGAAAUCGAGAUUAUUUUUCCCUUGCUCUGAACCAUGGAAAAAUGCACUUUGGUGAUGAGACCAGUAUCCAGUCACACAUUGUUUUGUGUUCUGAAAAAAAUGGGGGUGUUGGUGAAUUGCUUUUUUUUCUUUGGUUUGUUUUAUUUUGUUUUGUAUCUUGUCUCAUUUUGUACAUUUGGAAGGAUCGUGAAAUAAAAGGCCCACUAAACCAA